UGGUUGACACAAAUUGUAUUGUACCGAAACGUAGCGUAUUUCUUUGUUUCCUGAGCGGUAGUGUGUAACUAAUGACUUCAACACAAACUACGGUAUACAUUACGAUACGGUUGAAGUGAAAAACUGCAUAGUCUCAGACCACGAACUUUCCGUUGUUUUUUGCAGUGUCACUCUGUCGCUCGUGUUUACCUGUGCUGAUUUGGCCAAAUAGUUUAAUCAGCCAAUCAGCAUAAACCCGCAAAUUAGGUCAAGUACAUUUUCAUGGGAGAGUUGUUUGCAUAUAUAGGCGCGCUUAGAAAUUUGUUUUUGAAUUCAUUCACGCAUAUGUUGCCCAAUUCAUAUUUUUGGAUAACUCGACAACUGACCUGUCUGUUAAUAUGACAACAGUAUUUAAGUUAUUUAUGGCUGAAUUAAGCGGUUAGCAAUGAGUUAAAAACAUGUGUAAAGCGAAAGCAGAUUUGCAUAACUAUUUCUUGGAAGCUCAAGGUAUCAUAUUUCUUCAAUACAGCUGCCGAGCAAUACAGGUGGAUGUGUUUCAACGUAUUUUGAUCUAUUUCACGAACGACAAAGGUUUAGUUCCUGAGAAUCUACUAAAAAUCUUCAACAGAAUGGCUUCCGAUACUUCAGAGAAAGAAAUUAUCGACAGUUCAUUGAUUCAGGAUCGUAAAGAAAGAUGCCAGGAAUCGUCAAACGAGGGUUCGACUGAAGAAAUACAACUUGUACAACAUGAACAGUCUGCACGCACAUCGAAUAGCGAAGCCGGGGAAGCUAUUCCGAAAACUCAGAUAGCUCCUGAACAUCAUAGCAAGUUUAAUAGCAAUGCUUCGGAAGCCCCAGAUGUUACUCCUUUGAGCGGUAAAGAACCAGCAAAUAUAGGAGUAUGCGUGGACAUAACUAACAAUUUCGGUAUCGUUAUAGUUUGCGACAAUAGUCAGAUAACCUUUGAGCCUGGCAACACAAUUGAUGAAUUAAUAACGAAGAUACAAAACACAGAAUGCAUCAAUGAAGAACCGAAACCAAUUACCUUUAACAGGAAACAGCUUCAAAGUCAUUAAUCCAAUAAGAAAUAUAGUCGAAUCAACAGAUCGGAAUUUUGUCAAACCAACAGAUCGGAAUUUUGUCGAACCAACGGAUCGGAAUUUUGUCUUGGGCAGACCACCGAAGACGAAGCUACUUUCAAAGUCCAUACUGCUACUGAACAUCAACCCAUUCACAUCAAUAAUAACUCUAGUAUCGUUAUCAUUACCUUUUGUAGCAAGUAUAACAGCAAUACGUCGGUAGCCUCGGAUGUAUCUGCCCUCAGUGAAGAAGUAGCAAGAAUACUAAACAUUAAUAUAACCAACAAUUUUGGUAACAUCAUUGUUUGCGACAAUAGUCAAAUCAACAUUGAUGUACAGCCUAACGACACAAUUGAGAUAAUAACUAUUCAAGAUAAAAAGGAUGUCUCCCUAGAUCAGCAAAGGCUUAUCUUGGACGGAAAACAUUUUAAUGGUGGUCAAUCAAACAUGGAAAAUAGUUUAAACAACAGGUCGGAAUUUUGUCAGUCUUGAGCAGGUCAUCGCCCCAACAAACAUUUAGUCUCAUCUCAUUUAAAACUAAGGUACGUGCAUUCAAAUUUAUAUAAAAUAUAUAAACGCUCUAUUGAUCAGUUGUGAAUUAGUUAUUGCUGCGAACGAGUAUAAAUUUCAAUCAAAUGCCAUUUUCUAUUUUAAAGGAAACAAUUAACUUAUCUAGAGAAUGGUUGGGCGAGGCUCGUCGAUAGUGAAACUUUAGGAUAACUCAGUAAAUUCUUUAUGUAUUUCUUUAACGUACCACCUAAAGAAACAGCGUGAUUAGGCGAACAAGGUAAUAUAUAUACUUUACACACGUAGGCUAUUUAAAAUCUUAAAAGCUAGAUCAUUAAAUAUUAGAUAAUUAUUUAUAAUGCGAAGUAAUGAAGUUAUUGUUGUGAACCAAUAAUUUCAACUAAAUGUCGUCUAUUUCAAGGGAAACAACUUUAUUUGAAACACGUGGACAGUGAAACUUUUAUAACUCAAUAAAUUGUUGGAUGUGUUUCUUCAAACGUACCACAAGAAGAAAUAGCAUGAUUAGCCGAACAGGGUAAUGUAUAAAUAUGUUUUUACACACGAAGACUAAAUAGUUAUUUAUAAUGUUGGUAUAUAGUCGUAUGAAUAUAUAGUGCAUAUGAAUGACGUAGUUUAUUCAAAUUAAACAGAAUUGUGCGUGUAUCUAUUCCUCAUUCAAUGACUCAGUCGCUGAAGUAUUAUAAUAAGAUCGAGAUGUCAAAGACGAAAUCAACGAGAAUCAUUCCAUUCAAAACUGCAUUCACGCUGGCUAAUAUACGAAAGGACAAUGAAAGGUAAUAGUUAAACGGCAUUCGGCACUGGCUGCCUUUGGUAUCCUAAGCCAGUUUGGUGAAUUCAAAUAUGUGCCCCACUUUUAACCCCAUUUUUUCCCGCCCGUCCGUUCUCCCGCCUUGAUUUUCUCGCCCGUAAGUCCUGCCCAAACCGCGGCUGCUACACAGCUAGCUACCCCACAUUUCGUUGCCAUCACGAAUCGAUUUAUAUUUCACUGUGAAGUCCAAAUGUCGAAUUGCGAAUACUUAGAUCGGUAUUACCGAGUCAUCUUAUUUGCUGCUAGGAUAAAAGUUUGGUUCAAAUUUCAAUCUCUUUGGUGAAGAUACACCACAGUCCACAGAAGAGCGCCCGGCAGGUGUGAAUCACUUGGGAGAAGAGUAAAGCACUGAUAAGGGUGGUGUAACACAUGUGAAGGUUACUGGUAUCUAGGCAACUUCCCUUCCAUUUUGCGAACGGGCAUGCAUUGGUUACAAGACUGGCUUCCCUUCAAAAUAACACCUUCGGUUCGCUUCGCGCGCGCGUUUGUUUGAUAUUUUGUAUAGGUUUUAUACAGUCCAAUUAUGAAUGGCAACAUCGCAGUAAAACGACAGAAGAAUAUGAUCACAUGACAACUAUGAAUGGCAACAUCUUAGUAAAACGACAGAAGAAUAUGAUCACAUGACAACUAUGAAUGGCAACAUCGCAGUAAAACGACAGAAGAAUAUGAUCAGAUGACAACUAUGAAUGGCAACAUUGAAACGACAGAAGAAUAUGAUCAGAUGACAAGAGUUUGCUUUUAACCUCCAGGAGCGUUGCUGCAGCAUGGGAUGGAGAACACGUUCCAGACUUUCCCCCCGGGUUUUUCCUGGUUUUCGUGUCCGGCUCAGCACAGCAACUUGGAUAGGCAAGACUUGGUUCUUUGGCAUGGAUAGAACAUGAAAAAGUUAACGUUUCCCUGUAAAAUGUAAACUGAGGCAUGGGGCGGUUUAUAUUACCGGUUAAUAUAUGCCCUAAAAGGAAUAUUAUAACGUUAUAUACACAUUAUUUGAGUAAAUCAGUUAAACAAGAACAGUGACAAAAAGGAAAGUUGUUUAAAAGAAAUGUCAGUUAAAUACAUCUGUAAGAUGUACAAAAAUAAAACAAUGUAUACGCAAUGUACUAUUAAACGAUCACGAGAUGAUCUCGAAAACAA